GGGGCGUCGUAGACGUCAGUGAGAAAAUGGUGGAAGUUAGGUUGCAUUUCAAUUAUGUACUGUGUCAUUAAGUGGUUUGUUGAUUAUUAUAGGAGUUAUGAUUCGUGUUUUUAAGAUGCUGAGAAGGCAUUUUACUACUUGAUGGCCGAAAGAAAGUUUACAAGAGGCUUGAAUAAGCCCGGUUCCGCUGCUCAGGUCAGAGAGACUGUAUCUCAGGCAGUUAGAGAAACCACUGUUUGGAGUAAACCACAGUUAAUUGAACCAUUGGAUUAUGAAACGUUUAUAAUUAAAAAUAAGACUAUUAUUCAAAAUGAUCCACAGAGAGAGAUGCUACUUUUUCCAUUAGAUGAUGUUUCACAAGAAAUAAUUCCUAGAACUUGUAGGACAAAACUUUCAACUAUACCUAAUGGAUUAGAAAAACAGGCAACUUCUUUAUUUGUAAGAGAAUGUAUUAAAACGUAUACCAUAAAUUGGCAUGUCAUAAAAUAUAAAUGUGAUAAUUAUUCUGGAACAUUUUUACAAUUAGCAAGACUGCCAAAAUCCAGUGAUCUUCAAGAUCAAGUUUACGAGAUAGAUACGGCCCCAGGAAACAAAGAUAUUAUUUCUUCUGAAAGCAGUCAAAGUGCAAUAAUUAAAGAAGGAUAUGUUUUUAAAGGUCCGGAAUCUGGAACAGAUAGUUUUCUUAGUGUGGCAACUAAAUCUUUUAAGAAACGUUUUAUGUCCUUGAGAAAAGAAAUCGACGGAACACACACAUUAGAAUUUUAUAAAGAUGAAAGCAAAUUGGAAUCUAAGGGAUCUUUUUCUAUGGAUUUCUGCACAAAAGUUGUGCAGAAUUCAAAGAAAAAUAAAUGGAAUUUUGCUUUACAAAUGGGAGAUAAUCAUAGGACAUGUGUAUUAGCUGUAGAAAAUGAAGAAGAAUUAGAUGGAUGGAUAUCAACUCUUAGUGAAGCAAUAUCAACAGAUAAACAAAUCAUAGAAAAUAAUAGAAAAAGUCAAGCAGAAAACUCCAAACUGAUAUGGCUACCAGCACCUGCAUUAAAUAUUGAAGAUAUUCCUAAUCCUUCACCCACCAAUUAUGGAACAUUAAAAAGCUUGGAACACAGUAAAAAUCCAGAAUUAGUAAAGUAUGCGCACGAAACAGAUUAUUCUAUAACUGAAGCAAGGAAAGAAAAUCGACAAAAUAUAUUUGCAAUAUAUCCAGAUAUGCAGGUAACAUUACAACCUUUGAGUUUUGAAUAUGAGAAACCUAUUGAACCACCAAAAGAAGAAUUUAAGAUGAGGAUUUUUAUAAAAUUUGAAGAACUGAAGUUUAAAUUACAAGCACCCACAGAAAAUGAUAAAGAACCAAUUUCUCAGGUAACAAAAUUUAAUUUUAUACAAAUAUUAAAAAAUAAAAAAUUUAAUUAUGUUUUUCAGUAUGCGCACGAAACAGAUUAUUCUAUAACUGAAGCAAGGAAAGAAAAUCGACAAAAUAUAUUUGCAAUAUAUCCAGAUAUGCAGGUAACAUUACAACCUUUGAGUUUUGAAUAUGAGAAACCUAUUGAACCACCAAAAGAAGAAUUUAAGAUGAGGAUUUUUAUAAAAUUUGAAGAACUGAAGUUUAAAUUACAAGCACCCACAGAAAAUGAUAAAGAACCAAUUUCUCAGAUUGAACCAUUCUUUACAACAAUGACAAUUUAUGAUGCUAAAGAAGGCAGGAAGGUGACUGAGGAUUUCAAAUUUGAUAUCAAUGAUCCUCAUAUUCGUCAAAUGUUACCCAAUAAAAUUAAAAAUGGAGAAAAUUUGAAUCAGAUUGGAAACAAAGGAGACUGCGAGAAAGAUCCAUUAUUUUCUUUGUUAGAUUCAGUUGGAAAACAUUGGUUUUCUUAUCCAAAACAGGCUCUUUUUGCUAUUCGAAAUCCACAUCCAGAUCUUUAUUUAGUAAUCAGAAUUGAAAAGGUUUUACAAGGUGGAAUUUGCCAUGCUGCCGAACCAUACAUUCGUCAUAAUGACGGACGUUCAGGAAUCAAAGUACAAAAGUUAAUGAAAGUUUGUUGUCAGCAUUUAAGCCGUUACCGAAUGCCUUUUGCAUGGGCUGCAAGACCAAUAUUUAAACCGUUUACAAUGGAACUUGAUGUAUCAACAGAAUUAGGUCCAAUUUUUCGUCACGAUAGUUCUAAACUGAGUGAAGAAGAUAUUUUGAAAAUCCUCUCAGAUUUCAGAAAGCCAGAUAAAUUGAAACAUCUCACAAUUAUCCCUGGUACUAUUAGGAUUUCAAUGCGAGCUCAGACUGAUUUAAUAUCAAAUACAUUAACUACCUCAUUGGUACCAGUUUUGCCAUUUCCGAUACCUCCAGAAUCAGAACUGACUUUGGAAUUGCAGGAGUAUCUUACCGACGUGCCUAAAGAAAGUGCUUUAUUUAAUUCUUACAUAAAUCAUUUGUACAUUUUCCCAAAGAAUUUAAAAUAUGACAACCAAAAAUUAUUCACAAAAGCUAGAAAUAUUGCUUGUUCUGUUGAAGUAAGAGAUAGUGAUGAAAGUGGAGCUCAUCCUCUUCAGUGUAUAUACGGUCGUCCUGGAGAAUUGCCAUUAGUAAGUUGUGCAUUCACUGCCGUGACACAUCACAGCACUUGUCCAGAUUUUUAUGAAGAGGUGAAAAUUCGUCUUCCUCUAUAUCUUCAAGAUAAACAUCAUUUGUUGUUUACAUUUUAUCAUGUUAGUUGUCAUCUACCAAAAGCUGCAAAGAAGAAAGAAGGUCCGAUUGAGACUAUAAUUGGCUAUUCCUGGUUGCCUUUACUUUCAAAGGGCAGGUUAAAUAUAUCUGAACAUGUAUUACCAGUAUCAUCUCAUUUACCUCCUGGGUAUUUAUCAUUUCAACCAUUAGGCUUGGGAAAAGGAUUUAGUGGACCUGAAAUUCGUUGGGUCGAAAAUGGGAAAGAACUUUUCAAAGUCGAUCUGAAGUUAAUUUCUACUGUUUAUUGCAAGGAUCAACAUUUACAUAACUUCUUUAUGCUGUGUCAAAAGCUUUUGGAAGCAAAAAUACCCGCUCCUAAUACUGAAAUAAAUACAUCUCUAAAAGUAAGAAUAAUAAAUAUUUAUAUUUUUUUGUAGUACGUAUUUGUUGCAGAAAACCUCACUCAAUAUAACAAAGGCACAACAGUUCAUGAGAAAUUAGCAAAAUAUUUGGCGAUUACUCUGAGGCCUGCAAACACCGACUUUUUAGUCAUUAAUAGCUUUUUGAAACAUUCCUGGUUCUUCUUUCAACUUUUAACAAAAUCAAUGGGUCAACAUCUGUUAGCAUCAGGAAGAAUAAAGAUGCAUCGUCAUGAACGAUUUCCUGCAGAUUAUCAGUACCGCAUCCAGAGUUUGCUACAAGUCAUGGUAUCACACAUAUUUCAGAAAUAUCAAGAAAUUCCACUAGAAACUAAACAUGCUAAUCAAAGUUUAGCUCAUUUUAUUAAGAGAAGUUUUACCUACAUGGAUCGGGGAUUUGUUUUUAAAUUAAUUAAUUUCUACUUAGAGAAAUACUGUUCGGAAGAUAUACAGGUGCUACAUGAAUAUAAGUUUGAAUUUCUUGAAAUAAUUUGUUCUCACGAACAUUUUAUUGCUUUGAAUCUUCCUAUUUUGCAUAGGACUAUAAUCAGAGGUCACACAAAAAAUAUAAAAGAUUCCAAUGAUGAUAUGGCUGAUUACGAACAGGAAUAUUGGCUUUCAGAACAAUUUUGUCAACAUCACUUUUUAAUCGGAAUUCUGCUGCAAGAAAUCAAAGCGUCCAUGAUGGAUCCUCACAUAAGAAAAAUUGCCAUUUCGGUCCUUUGCAAUUUAUUAGCCAAACAUUCUUUUGACGAUCGAUACCAAGGAAGGCCACAACAAGCUCGUGUUGCCUCACUUUAUCUUCCACUUAUUCCGAUAAUAAUGGAUAAUACAAAAUUACUCGAUACCGGUGAGAUUGCGUCUCCUUCCAUGCACAAAUUGAAUGGAGUCGACGAAUUAUUUUCUGAAGUUGUUCCGAGUACUUCGUCAUACGUUUCCACGCCAGUUUCCAAAAGUAACACUCUGACUGCCGAACCUUUAAUUCUGCCUACGAUCAGUGGAAGGACUAACAGAGAUUCAACUUACUUUACAUUUAUUUCUGGACAAGGUAAAUUAAAGAUUAAACUGGAUGUAAAGAAUCAGCCUGGAGCAGGACUUGAAGCUGCAACUGCUGCUUACUGUGUAAAUGCAAUGCCAGUUACAUUACCUGGACCUCUGAAACAUUUUUCUGUUAACUCAGAUUACGAACAGGAAUAUUGGCUUUCAGAACAAUUUUGUCAACAUCACUUUUUAAUCGGAAUUCUGCUGCAAGAAAUCAAAGCGUCCAUGAUGGAUCCUCACAUAAGAAAAAUUGCCAUUUCGGUCCUUUGCAAUUUAUUAGCCAAACAUUCUUUUGACGAUCGAUACCAAGGAAGGCCACAACAAGCUCGUGUUGCCUCACUUUAUCUUCCACUUAUUCCGAUAAUAAUGGAUAAUACAAAAUUACUCGAUACCGGUGAGAUUGCGUCUCCUUCCAUGCACAAAUUGAAUGGAGUCGACGAAUUAUUUUCUGAAGUUGUUCCGAGUACUUCGUCAUACGUUUCCACGCCAGUUUCCAAAAGUAACACUCUGACUGCCGAACCUUUAAUUCUGCCUACGAUCAGUGGAAGGACUAACAGAGAUUCAACUUACUUUACAUUUAUUUCUGGACAAGGUUUAACUAAUAAGCCAAGUAUAAAUGGAUCGCAUGGUUCACUAGAUAGUGCAUCGUCCACUCCAUCAACAGUUUCGGAUAGAGGCCAAGAUUACGGAGUUGCUUCGAAAGAAAAACUUGACAGAUUUAAAGUACAGUACAGUGGUCUUGGAGGACACAUGAGAUCACAGUCAUUUCCUUUCGGAAGCAAUGUGGGUCUGUCACGAUUAGAUAAAAUCGAUUCUUCCGAAAUUAAACAUCUGCUUGUAUGCUUUCUUUAUAUAAUUAAAAAUGUAAACGAAGAAUUAAUAAUUGGUUGGUGGCAGCAUUGCAGCGAAUCAGAUGUUCUUAAUUUUUUUCAUAUUUUAGAAAUUUGUUUACAUCAAUUCAAAUAUGUCGGAAAGAAACAUAUCAGAAAUCAAAAUAUGAAAAAGUCGACAAGUAAAGCUAUGACUCUUCCUGCACGAACUGUUCCAGUUUGGAUACCACAACAGGGCAACAAUACUUUCAGUGAAACACAUUCCAUAAGUCCGACUUCAGAAUCGGACAAUUUGUAUCGAGCUCUCUUAGAGGCAAACAUGGCGACGGAAGUUGGACUUAUAGCUCUUGACGUUUUGGGCUUAUAUUGUUUUCAUUUUAAGGAAAAUUUGCUUCAGAAUGACGGAGAUAAUAUUAUCAUGCAGAAAAUUUUUGAAAUAUAUUUGUCAUUUUUGCAAGUCGGACAGUCUGAAAUAUUACUGAAACAUUUGUUUGCAUCUUUGCGUGCAUUUAUUAAUAAGUUUCCAAUGGCCUUAUUUAAAGGUAGUGAUUUAUUAUGUGGUAAACUAUGUUUUGAACUGUUAAGAUGUUGUAAUUCUAAAUUAUCGACCGUGCGAAAUGAAGCUUGUGCGCUCUUGUAUUUAUUAAUGAGGAGUAAUUUUGAAUUCACUGGACGUAGAAGUCUAACAAGGGUACACUUACAACUGAUUGUUGCCGUAUCUCAACUUCUUGGAGACGUCGUAGGACUGAACAGUUCGCAGUUCCAAGAAAGUUUAUCUAUAAUUAAUAAUUACAGUAAUAGCGAUAAAGCAAUGCAACAUUCCGCUUUCCCGUCUCAAGUUAAAGAUUUAACCAAACGUAUACGCACGGUAUUAAUGGCUACCGUACAAAUGAAAGAACACGAAAAUGAUCCGGAAAUGUUUAUCGAUUUGCAGCAUCAGUUGGCCAAUAGUUAUUCGGCCACUCCCGCUCUUCGGAAAACGUGGCUGGAAAGCAUGGCUCGAAAUCACAUCAAGAAUGCCGAUUACUCCGAAGCUGCACAUUGCUACAUCCACAUAGCAGCAUUACAAGCUGAAUACUUGAGGCAGAAAGGAUUAUUUUCAAGCGGAUGUCAAGCAUUUAAGCAUAUAUCACCAAAUGUUGAGAUGGACGAAUCCAAUAUGAAAGAAGACUGCGGUAAUCAAGAAAUACAGUAUACCGAAGAUUCAUUUAUCGAGACGCUAGAACAGUCCGUCUCGCUGCUCGACCAGGCAGAAAGAUACGAAAUCAUAUCAGAAAUUUAUAAAUUGAUACUUCCAAUUUACGAGAGGCGUAGGAAUUAUGAAGCAUUGGCGUCAUCUUACAAGAAGUUAUGUAGUGCAUUCUCUAAAGUUGUCGAAGUUAAUAAAACUGGGAAACGACUGUUAGGAAGAUAUUACAGAGUGGCCUUCUUUGGUCAGGCGUAUUUUGGCGAAGAAUCCGGUAAAGAAUACAUUUACAAAGAACCAAAAGUGACUUCCUUAGUGGAGAUGUCUGAGAGAUUAAAUUGUCUUUUUUCCGAAAAAUUUGGGAAGGAUAUCGUAAAGAUGAUUAUGGAUUCUAUUCAGGUGAAUUCUAGGGAUUUAGAUGCAAAAUAUGCUUACAUUCAAGUGACGCACGUAGUACCAUAUUUUGACGAAGACGAAUUGAAAAAUCGCAUUUCUGAAUUUGAAAGAAACAAUAAUAUAAGGUGUUUUAUGUUUGAAACGCCUUUCACGCAAGAUUUAAAUAAACCGAGGGGAAGUCCAGAAGAACAAAUGAAACGUCAGACAAUACUGAAAGCAUUAUAUUCCUUUCCAUACGUAAAAAGAAGAAUCCCAGUAUUUUCCAAAUCUAUCAAAGUUCUGAGCCCAAUAGAAGUGGCCAUUGACGAAAUGCAGAGUCGCGUGAAGGAACUACAAGAAGUAAUUUGCUCCAAACCGACCGAUUUAAAGAAAUUACAAUUGAAACUACAGGGUAGCAUCAGCGUACAAGUGAAUGCGGGUCCAUUGGCUUACGCCAAGGUAUUUUUAGAUGAAAAUAAGAUUAGAAGGUAUCCUGUAGAUAAAGUUUUAAUGCUGAAAAAUGUAUAUAAGUUGUUCAUCGAUGUUUGUCAAGAAGCGUUAGAGUUGAAUGGUAAACUAAUUGUGUCGGAUCAACACGAAUACCAUUCAGUAUUAAAAGUUAAUUAUCAAGAAAUGGUUUCUGAUUUAUCAAAUUAUUUAAAUAGUCAGAUACUUUUAGAAGAUUUGGGAACAUUCAGGAGAACGUCAUUAGAAGUGUUUAAUUUCAUCAGCGGUUCCAGCACCGCAUGACAUGGUCAUCUCUGCAUUUAUAUCGGUGCCUUACGUGACGUGGACUGUGCAAUUACCGUGUAUAAUAAUGAGAGAGAGAAAACGUGCAUUACACAAUGUAACAUGUUAAUAUUCAUAAGCAAAUGCCAAAGAAAAUUGCCGUGCAGCUUAUCCGUAGACUUUUAGAAAAUUCGUGAGUAAAGUGACGUAUCAAUAUGUUUCGUACGUAAUUUUUUUAAAUCUCUAUUUAUAUUUUUACUUUUCGACCAGAGUCGAGCAAUCUAGACGUUUUUAUUAUUAUUUUGUAAGUUAUUACUAACAAAUUUGUUAUCCGAUGCAUAUUUAUUACGUAAUUUAGAUGUAAGAGUGCGGAAAUCACCAAUUUACAUUCGUACAAUCGGUUAAUGACCGUCCACGCACGUACGUUGAUGGUUUUUAACAAUAAUACAGGGCUGUGGAGUCGGUAGAUUUUUACACAACUCUGAUUCCAAUCAGAGGUGGACUUGUUAACGUCAGAAUUUUUGAGCCUACUUUAUCACAUGACCUCAGAAUAUAGCUCUAAUAACGAUUGGAAUAAAAAAGUUUCUACAUUCUAAGCAAUGACAGUCAAUAUAUAAAUAUGUAUUCAAUAAUUUUUAAGUUCAACCACACUGGAGAUAUGACACGACCCCUUCUAUGUCUAUACCCUGUUGACCUUUAAUAGCAUUAAUGCCCUUUAUACACAUGCUACUGUGUCAAAUUUUGUUUCUUAAACACUUUUUCAAAAUGAGUAAGAUUUAAUAUUUUAAAACAGAAUAAAGAAAUUAGACGCCACCAUACGCGCGUUCGAAUUUUUCGCUUUAUUUGAAAUUUUUUGGGUUCAAGAGAUCUCUAAAUGUAUAGAUUUGCAAAAAACUCUGAGGGUCAAAUACUUUCCCAACUUGUUAUGUAUAUAAAAAUCCGAUAAAGUAAAAAGGAGUUGGAGUCGGGAGGGAUUUUUGACGACUCCGAUUCCACAGCCCUGCAAUAAUACUUGUGCCUUUUAGAAUUUCGUUACUGUACAAAAUACGCAUUGAGUUGUAAUAAGUUUUAUAUUUGUCGCUUGUCCAAUGUAACCCGUUUUACUUUAACGGCAUAAUAUUAACUGUAAUGAAAGAUUCCCGACACGUGCCAUAUUUGUAACUGUCUUUCUCUCUUUCUCUUUACAGAACUUUGUUACUAGUUAAGUCUCAAAAGACUACGGUAUUCUAAUAAAAGAAACAAAUUUAA